AUGUUGGGCCUCGAAGGAGAUGGAUUUGGUGUGUUUCUCACUUCAUGUUGUUCUUUAAGCAUUGAAGUGAAUGAAAGGGACAGUGAUAUUCAACAAACGACCUCGUCAUCACCCAAAUAUGUCAAAUUCACAAAUGCUUUCUUUGCCCAUAAACUUUCAUCAAUACUCCCUACGGUACCUUCUCCUCGACCUCGUCCUCCACCACCUCCUCCUAGACCUCGUCCUCCACCACCUCCUCCUCGACUUCGUCCUCCACCACCUUCUCCUCGUCCACGUCCUCCACCACCUCCUCCCCGUCUUCGUCCUCCACCACCACCUCCUCCUUCGCCCCGACUUCGUCCUCCACCACCUCCUUCCCCAUCUCUCCGUCCUCCACCACCAUCAUUGCCACCUUUUCCUCCUAUUAUUCCUCCGGUGGUUUCGCCUCCCCUCCCUUACAUUCCACCAACUACUUUGCCACCUCGUCCAAUAUAUUAUACCAGUUGCUUCUCCACCUCGUCCUAG